GGUUAGACCAGAGACAGAAUUUCUUCUUUCGGGAGGGAGGGACACUAGGUGAGGGUUCAUGGGCAUAACUGCACCCUUGAACCUGAGUCCUUCCUGGCCUCUCCUCUAUAGGUGCCUGGCUGUAACAAAUCAUGCAAUGAGCCAUGCCCCGCCCUGGACACCGCCGCCCAUCAUCUGGGCCCCCACGCUUGGGACCCUGGGAGCGGCCAACAGAACUAUGCCUGGAGACUUUUGAUGAGCCAUCCCAACCCCCACCAAGCCGCCGCACCCGCAGGCCAGACCCCAAGGACCCUGGCCACCAUGGGCCCGAGAGCCUUACCUUCAUCUCUGGCUCUGCUGAGCCUGCUGCCGAGCCCCCAGCCUGUUGCCUGCUCUGGCGACCCUGGGUGUGGGACUGGUGCCGGGCUGCCUUCUGCUUCCGCCGCUGCCAGAGUUGCCUCCAGCGUUGUGGGGCUUGCAUGCGGGGCUGCAGCCCCUGCUUGUCUGCUGCGGACUCCCCUGAGGGGGCUGCUGAAGCCAACUGGGCCAAAGAACACAAUGGAGUGCCCCCCAGCCCCGACCGUGCACCUCCCAGUCGGCGGGAUGGCCAACGGCUCAAGUCAACCAUGGGUAGCAGUUUCAGCUACCCUGACGUCAAGCUCAAAGGCAUCCCUGUGUAUCCCUACCGCAGCGCCACCUCCCCAGCCCCUGAUGCGGACUCCUGCUACAAGGAGCCACUGGCUGAACCCCCACCCAUGCGGCACAGCCUGCCCAGCACCCUUGCCAGCAGCCCCCGUGGCUCCGAAGAAUAUUACUCCUUCCAUGAGUCGGACCUGGACCUGCCCGAGAUAGGAAGCGGCUCCAUGUCCAGCCGAGAGAUUGAUGUGCUCAUCUUCAAGAAGCUGACAGAGCUGUUCAGCGUACACCAGAUUGACGAGCUGGCCAAGUGCACAUCAGACACUGUGUUCCUGGAGAAGACCAGUAAGAUCUCGGACCUUAUCAGCAGCAUCACCCAGGACUACCACCUGGAUGAGCAGGAUGCUGAGGGCCGCCUGGUUCGCGGCAUCAUUCGCAUCAGUACCCGCAAGAGCCGAGCCCGCCCGCAGACCGCAGAGGGGCGCUCCACGCGGGGUGCGGCCCCUGCUGCUGCCCCUGACAGUGGCCACGAGACCAUGGUGGGCUCAGGGCUCAGCCAGGAUGAACUCACAGUGCAGAUCUCCCAGGAGACCACUGCAGAUGCCAUCGCCAGGAAGCUGAGGCCUUAUGGAGCCCCAGGAUACCCAGCCAGCCACGAUUCAUCCUUCCAGGGCACAGACACAGACUCGUCGGGAGCGCCGCUGCUCCAGGUGUACUGCUAACCCCGACCGGCCCAGUACAGCCCACAGCUGAAGAGGGGAAGCAGGACCCCCUUUGGAGGAGGCUGGGCCACGCUGGCUCCUCCCACCUCGGCUGACUGGUUCCUGGACCAUGUGCAUUUCACUGGGC